AUGCGCUGCGCCUUGAAUUCGCCAGCAGCAGCAGCAGCAGCAGCAGCAGCACCGCCACCACCACCAUCAGCAGCAGCAGCAACAGACGCGAUGAUUACAGCAGACAGGGGAGCCUUGGUAGAUGCCCAGCAGCAGCAGCAGCAACAGCAGCAGCAGCAGCAGCAGCAGCAGCAGCAGCAGCAGCUCGUGGCUCGGCUGUACACGCAGCAGCUGGCGCUUAUAAGGGCCCUGCUUGGCCUGGUGCUCUUCCUGGGCUGGCGGGUGGUCAUACACCUGGAGCAGCAGCAGCAGCAGCAGCAGCAACAGCAGCAGCAGCAGCAGCAGCAGCAGCAGCGGAGUUUGACGUCGAAGGAGAGAAGGGAGCUGAUGCAGCUGCAUGCAUACUCUGUGGCCUGGCGAGAGGCCUGGAUAGACAGCGAGCUGCUGCAGCAGCUGCUGCUCUUCUGCCGCUACCUGCAGCAGCAGCAACUGCAACAGCAGCAGCAGCAGCAGCAGCAGAAGCAGCAGCAAGAGAGCUGCGGCACUCAGGCGCAUCCAAUGUGCAGCGCGACAGCAGCAGCAGCAACAACAGCAGCAACAGCAGCAGCAGCAACUGGUGCUGCUGCAGCAGUACUUGAUGGUCCUCUCUCUCUCCUAUACGUCUGCCUCCCCCCCUCAGCUGUACAUACACCUCGAAUAGCUGCUGCUGCAUGGCAGCAGGCCAGCAGCAGCAGCAGCACCAGCAGCAGCAGCAGCAACAACAGCAGCAGCGGGAGCUGCGGCGGGCUCGCAGUUGUUUGUGGCUCUGCUGCUGCAGAGAAACCUUCUAAGGCAGCUGCCUCGGCAGCAGCAGCAGCAGCAGCAGCAGCAGCAGGAGCAGCAGCAGCAGCAACAGCAGCAACCCACGAUCCUUACUCUCCUCUGGCGAAUAGAGGCUCUGUAGCAGCAGGCCACCGUUUCGGCUCCGCGCUGCUGCUGCUGCAGCUGCUGCUGCUGCAUGCGCCGGCGACUCUCAGGAGGCAGGUUGCUGCUGUUGCUGUUCGUGUUGGCCUGCUGCUGCCGUUGCUGCUGCGGCUGUUGCUGCUGCUGCAGCGAGGCGAUGAACAGCAGCAGGAAGUGCAGCAGCAGCAGCAGCAACUGCAGCAAUGGCGGCAGCGGCGGCAGCAGCUUGCUGCGAAGCAAGACACAGCAGCAGCAGAUGACUUUGCUGCUGCUGCUGCUGCUCCUGGCAGCAGCAGCAGCAGCUUGCUGGUGCUGCAGGGUAAGCAGCAGCUAGUGCAGCAGACGGAGGAGUCGCUGCUGCUGAAUGUGCUGGCGCUGCUCUGUGGUGAGCCUGCUGCUGACUGCAGCAGCAACAGCAGCAGCAGCAACAACAACAGCAGCAGCAACAGCAGCAGCAACAGCAGCAACAGCAACCAACAAGCUAUGCUGCAGGUGCUUCAGCUGCUCCCACCCUCUGCUUUGCUGCAGCUGCAGCAGCCCGCCGCCCCACUACACUACAGCAGCAGCAGCAGCAACAGCAGCAGCAGCAGCAGCAGCAGCAGCAGCGAUUUGGGCGGCGCGCUUUGCCCCGUCGUAGGGAGAUGGGCUGCAGCGUCGGAGGAACGUCUGCUGCUAGGAUGGGAAUGCAGCAGCAGCAGCAACAGCAGCAGCAGCAGCAGCAGCAGCAGCAGCGCGGUGCUGCUGCCGCACUGCAGCAGGUGGAGUGCUCCUAUGAAAUGGCGUCUGUUUGCUGCUGCACUGCAGCAGGCAGUUCUGCAACAGCAGCAGCAGCAGCGGCUCAGGGACAGCAGCAGCUAUCUCUCGGCCUUGCUGCUGCUGCUGCAGCAGCAGUGGGAAGGUCUGCUGCUGCUGCGCGGCCUCUGUGGCGGGGUGUAUGUGGAGCUGCUGCAGGAUGACUGGAAGUCUCUCUUGCUGCUGUACCUGCAGCAGCAGCAGCAGCAGCAGCAGCAACAGAAGCAGCAGCAGCAGCAGCAACAAAAGCAGCAGCAGGCGGUUCCGAGUUAUCAGAGCUUCCUUCGGCUGCCGCCGGGCGUUGGCGGCGGUGGCAAGCAGCAGCAGCAGCAGCAGCAGCAGCAACAGCAGCAGCAGCAGCAGCAUUGGGGUGUACAGAGACCUCCCUUGCCGCCUGCUGCACUGCAGCAGCUCCUCCGUCGCUUGGCUGUGCUGCAGCGCAUGCAGCGGCGGCGUGCUGCAGCAGCAACUGCUGCCUGCAGCAGCAGCAGCAGCAGCAGCAGCAGCAGCAGCGGGGAGGGAUGGGGCUGGGAGUUGCUGGACCUCCACUUCUUGGGAGCCCACCGAGACAGCAGCAGCAGCAGCAGCAACAGCAGCAGCAGCAACAGCAGCAGCAGCAGCAGCAGAACAGUUUCAGGAGAAUGCCAGCUGCUGCGCCUUAACUCAACACCAUCAACAGCAGCAGCACCGGCUACUGCUGCUGCUGCUGCUGCUGCUGCUGCUCGCCUUGCUGAAGGAGCUGCAUGCAGCCUGCUUCGGCGCGGCAGCGAGCAGCUGCUGCUGCUGCAGCACUCUGCUGCAGCAGAAGUUGUAAAUGAUCCUCUAGCCAUGUGCAAUGCGGUGGUGCAGCAGGUGCUGCUGCACUCAGCUGCUCCCGGUGCUGCAUUCUUGCCGCUGCUGCUGCUGCUGUGGCAGCGGCUGCUGCAGUGCUAUCCCCAGGCGCUGCAGCUUCAUAGCAGCAGCAGCAGCAGCAGCAGCAGCAGCAGUCUUGUGCAGCCUGACCCGUUCCAAACAAACUCAGCUUUUGCUGCUUGCGACUCGGCUUCUGCUGCUGCUUCUGCUGCAGCAGCAAGUGCGUUCUGCAUACCAGCAGCAAUACCAGCAGCAGCAACAGCAGCAGCAGCAGCGGCAGCAGCAGCAGCACAGGGUCCAUGCGUCGACGGGAUUGAGGUUGCUGUUGCGCUGCUGCAGCAGGGGGGGUUGCUGCCUCCAGCAGCGCGCUGCUUAGCACUGAACGUGUUGCUGCUGCUGCUCGCUGCAGCAAAGCAGCAGCAGCAACAGCAGCAGCAGCAAGCGGCCUGGCUGCUGCUGAGGUCCAAUGGUCAUUCGAUGCUGUUGCUGCUGCUGCGCGCAUUCGUCGCCCAGGAGCUGCAGCGGCUGCACCGCAACGUGCAGCAGCAGCAGAAGCAGCAGCAGCAGCAGCCGCAGCAGCAGCAGCAGCAGGAAUGCGCAGCAGUUCCUUGCAGCAGCAACCACCACGCAGCUUCAGAAGUGCUGCGGGCAAUGCUGGGCUUGCCUAAAGCAGCAGCAGCAGCAGCGAGAGCAGCAGCAGCAGGGACUGCAGCAGAUGCAGCAGCAGCAGCAGCUGCUGCAAUGCUGGGCUUGCCUAAAGCAGCAGCAGCAGCAGCGAGAGCAGCAGCAGCAGGGACUGCAGCAGAUUGUGAGGAUGCCGAGACAGAGAAAAGUUUUUGCUGCAGCAGCGGGGCAGCAGCUGCUGCAGCAGCAGCUGCAGCAGCAGCAAAGGACAGCAGCAGCGCUCGACGCGAAGGAAGACACUGCAGCAGCAGACGCAACAGCAACGACAGCAGCAACAGCAACAGCAGCAGGAGCAGCAGCAGCAGCAGCAGCAGCAAAAACCAAAUGAGCACCAGAAUAGUGAAGACAUCCAUUAAGCGGCCCGCUGCAGCUUCCUCCGCGUUGACAGACGAACAGCAGCAGCAGCAGCAGCAGCAGCAGGGACUACAGCAGCUGCAGCAGCACCACGGACUGCAGCAGCAGCAGCAGCAGCAGCAGCAGCCCAGGCGGCAAGCAGCCUCGUUGCUGCCUUCCCUUCUCAGCCCUGCUAGCGGCGAGCUGUACGAAGACCCCUGCAGCAGCGACAGCAGCGCAUGCAACAGCAAAAUUAGCAGCAGCAGCAGCAGCAGCAGCAGAAGCAGCAGCAGCAGCAGCAGCAGUGGAUGCGCUCAACUGAAGUGCAGCAGCAACUUCGAUAGCAGCAGCAACUGCAGCAAGAAGCGCAACGGCCGCUGCAGCAGAUGGAAGCAAACUCACGCAUACCAUGGCGUGUAUAGCGCAGCAGCAGCAGCAGCUGCUGCUGCAACAGCAGCAGCAGCAGCAACAGCAACGAAUACAGAAGCAGAAAAAGUAGCAGCAGCGACAGAAACAGAAGCAGCAGCAGCACCGAUGCAACCGCCAGCCAAACAGCAGCAGCAGCAGCAGCAGCAGCAAGGCGGCCGCACGUUGCUGCAGCAGCACUGGCAGCAGCACCCCGGGUGCUUCGAGGGUCCUGUAGAUUCAAAGCAGCAGCAAAAGCAGCAGCAGCAGCAGCAGCAGCAGCAGCCCAAGCAACAGCAGCAGCAGCAGGAACAGCAGCAGCAACAGCAGCAAAAGCAGCAGCUGCUGCUGCUGCCUCCCGUUGCACCGUUUGCUGUUGCUGGGCUCUCACCAGCAGAAGCUGCUGCUGCGAUGCAUGCGCUAUAUUUGGGGUGUUUGCUUCGACCCCUCCCAGCAGCAGCAGCAGCAGCAGCAGCAGGAACAGCAGCAGCAGCAGCAGCAGCAGCGCAGCAGCAGCAGCAGCAGCAGCAGGGGCUUCAGGGUUUGCUGCGAGAGUUGCUGCAUGCAAGCUGCUGCGGCGCAUCGCAGCAACACUGA